ACGUGAAAACAGGUAACUCCAAAAGCUCGAUUCGAUUAUUAUUUUUUGAAAUGAAAUUGAUUUCAAUUCAAUUUGAUUAGACGAUAGUCGUGAAGCUGCAGACUGCUAGUAAUCAGCGUUCAGCGAUAAUUGUGCUCAAGUGCAGAUAAAUGAAAUUCUACAGUGAAUUACAAACAAAUCGAUACUUGAUGUUUCGCAGAAUGACUAUACAAGUAUAAACCCAGCAUGAAUUGGUAUACAGUAAUUUUUUUGGUGUUUCAUGUAUUGAGACUGAAUUUGUGUGUGGCUGCUUUAAGUCCAGUUUGCCCCGAACGACAGUUUUUGAACGCCUCGGGAGUAUGUGUCGACUGCACCGUAUGCAAACAAACGGAUAAAAAUAUCGUUCUACGGCAAUGUACCUCGUUCGAAGAUACGAUAUGUGGAUCAAUUUCCGAUUUGAAUAUAGAUUUACCUGGGAUCAAGGUUAAAUCGAAGUAUAAAAAUGAUAUCUCCAACCAGUAUCUAACCAUCCAAACCGAAGCCGAGCUAUCCAAAGAUAAUAUCACCGAAAUACUGAGAAAACUUUCCAACCCGGUUGAAUCUAUAAACGAAGCAUCGAUGGAUGCUUCUAAUUAUUAUUAUUACGACGACGACGACGCCGACGACGACGAUGAAUAUCCCGAUGAAGAUAAUAAUACCAGUACAGCUGCGAUAAAUUCUACUUCUUCUAAUCUUCCAACGGAGAAGAAACCUUCCAAGAAAGAUUCUUCCAGCUCUGCAUCUCCGAAACCGAUCCAGACCUUGUAUCCGGAUCUUCUCAACAAUGACGAAGUAACCGUCGUAGAUCCUGAUACUUUGAUGAAGAAACUGAAAAAAUUCAAACUCAAAGAAAGCACUGUAAAAAUGAACGAUCACUUGUUAAAAAUCGGCGAUACUAAAUUCAAAAUCGGCGAAGAAGAGAAAUCCAAGGAUGGACGAUGGUUGCAGCUAUCCCAUCCUCAUAUAGUUAACCAUACAGUCUACUUCGAUUUGGCGGCAGAGCCGGCGAUAAACAAGAAAGGGUCUACUUUCUUCAGCUCUGGAGAAAAGCUAACCGACGAAGAAUACGCCAAAGAAAUGAGUAAACUUCUAAACUCAACGUCGGUGGUGUUAGACGAGAAACAUUCCAACGUACAGAAUCAUUCCAUUGAAACGAAUACCCAAGAAGAUUACCCAGAAUUGAGAAAUUUGGACGAUAUAGACGGUGCUGAAAAUGACGACGACGAUGAUGACGAAGACGACGACGAGAACGGAGAAGAUGAAGAUGACGAAGAUGAAGACGCCGAAGACGAUAGUGACGAUGAAGACGACGACGAGCCCCUGAACUAUAACGAUAUCUUAUCCAAUAAUAAUUCUGCCAGCGUUGAAAAACAAGAUUUCGAAAUGGACGACGAUUAUGAUCUACAGGAAAGCGAUUACGCGGAGAGACCGUUCAAUAUGGACAUACCCAGCAACGAUAUCAUCGCUGAGCCAUUCGUAGAAUCUUCGGUAAACUGGCAGAUACUGAUUUUGGUCGCAGCCAUGUCCGCUUGCUUGCUGUUUUUCAUCGUUAUUAGCGCUUACGUAUGCAUUUACAUGAGAAAAAGACAACAUUCCAAGACUACCUUUAUAGCAGAUGUUGAAGAUUUAUCUGUACGUGUAAACCUUAUGCAGCAUGCUGCCUUCGAACCGGACGAAUCGAGUAAUAUUAGAAAUUACAUCACGCAGUUGAGAAGCGUGAAAUUAAUCAGCGGAAAACCACCGAUUUACACUCGAACUAAAUGAAAGAAGUAAUUCGUCAUUUCCCUACCGCGAUUGAAUACAUCUCUUUUUGUACUUUUUUUUUUUUUUUUAUUAAAAACUUGCCUAGUUGUAAUGUUUAAAACGUACGUAUUGUGACUUAAUAUUAUUGCAUUUUACUUGCGUUUUCUUGUUCUUACUUUUUUAUAUUUAAUUAUUAUUUGAUUGUUGACUUUUUUUCCAUUUUUAAAUAAUUGUGAUAAGUAAUUUGUAUUACUUAAAUUAAACUGUUACUCGUUAUCCAGCAUUGAUUUUUUUUUUAAUUUUUUAGAAUUAUUGUAACCUUAAGAUUCUUACCGCCUGCUGGUAUGGUAAUUUUGUUAUAAAGAUUAGGUGUGUGAUGAAUCUCUUCUUGUUUCAAUCAUAAAUGGAUUUUUCCUUUUUUCUUUCCUUUUAUGGUGUUCUAUGAAUGGAAUAUGUACGUAGAUACCGCGAGUCGAAUUAUAAAGGUAGUUGAAGAAUGUGUCUAUCGCCAUAUCGUUUUCUUAUAAAUACUAAUAUUUUUUUAUUUAUUGUUUUGUAUUUGUUUUUUUUUCUUUUUUCGUAUAAUCUAACUACAAAACGAAACCAGUAUUAGUAUUUGACAAUCAUUGUCUUUGUUUUAAUUUUAGCUUACUUAUGUUAUGGUUAUAAGUAUUGAAUAGCGGCGGGUGGCUUCAACGUGUAGUCUAUAUAGAGAAUGAUGAACGAAUAUAGUUACCUUUUGUAAAAUAAUCUUAUCUUUUUAGUAAUAAAAUUUUGUGAACCUGAAAGAUGUUUAGCUUUGGUUCAGUUUUUUUUUUUUUUAUAUAGUAUCGUUCUCCUGUUUUAAAAAUAUUUUCGGUGGGAAAAUUUGAGAACCAGUGGAUUUGAAAAUGUCUUCUAUAAAUUUUACAUAUCUUCAAACCUUCGAAUCGUUAAGUAUUUCGAUUUGAAUAUUUUGUUUUGGAUUUUUAUAUAAGUUGGAGUAAUCUAAGCUCAUUGUUGCGCCACUCACUGCCGAUUAAUCUAUAUUUUUAUUGAUGUUUGCAUUGUUGAUUUGUUUAAUAAAAAGAAAACUCACCGUCACAAAUUAAUAGAAAAUGUAUUAUAUUUGUCUGAAUCGCAUACAUUAAAAAAAAAAUCAUAAUCAUUCGAGAAAAAAACCCAUGUACAAAAGAAAAAACAUAAAUAAUAAAUCUGAACAGUGACUAA